AUGUUUGGCGAGAAGCACUCCGAGUCUCCGCGAUUACCCAGCCCCUGGCUCGCCCGAACCUCAAACGGCAACAGCCCUUCGCCUCUUUCCCUCUCCGCCGCCGAUUCGACCUCCUCGACGCCCCCGCACGCAUGGCGACCGCGGUCUCUCGAGGGACUCGACCUGCUCGAGGGUCUCGCGGAGGACUUUGACAGUAUCGGCAUUGGGCGAGGGAAGCUGGGCAGUCCCGUCUUGCGGUCUGACCCAGCUGAGCCGGAGCUGGAGGACAUCGCGGUGACGGACACGGGGACGGAAGGACUGAAGCCGGAAGUGGAUCACAAGGGGCAUAUUGAGUACAAGCUCAAGCUCUUGCCGACGUCACUACAUCGCAUGGCGAAGCUCCGCACGCAGCUCAAGUGGCGGCUGAUCGAGGGCGGCGGAGUCGCGGUGUACGAGCUGGGCUUGCUGGACGACGGGACGCUGGUCGGCUUGAACCAGGUCGACAUGGAGGAGUCGUUGCGGACGCUAGGACAGAUGCUGGCGGGACUUGGAGGCGGACGAGUCCAGAUCACUCGCGUCGUGCGAUUAGGCGGGUCUGCUCGACCUGCUUCUCCCGCUUCUUUCGAUUCGUCCACCCCGCCAUCCCUCUCUUCCUCUCAGUCUUCAGCCCCGUCGUCCGUCACAGCAUCCAUCCCGCCCUCUCACGCACCAUCUCCCGUUCCCGCCCUCUUCUCUUCUUUCGACGUCGCAGCCGACUACGAUGACCUCUCCUUUGUCGCCCUUGCCGCUCCGCCCGUCAUUGAUCCGGACACAGGCGACAUCUCGCUCUUUCCGCCCGAGCCAGAGCGCGGACCCGUCCCUUACCCGAGCAACCGAACGGCGGAGGAGCAGGCGCAGUUGCGGCGGGACAAGCGAGAUGCACGACGGGCGAGACGCGAGGCGGCGCAGGCGGCUGCGACGCUGGCGAAGGCGCGAGGCGAGGACCGUUCGUCGUCGCCCAAGCGGACUUCGCCAAUAGCCAUUGGCUCGACAACCUCGUCCCGUCCGCACCGAAUGAUCCAUACCGAUUAUCCGACGCCGAUCAAGCCUCGCGACAAGCCGCCGAAGCCGCCUAAGCCUCCUCGACGAACAGCCGAGGCUCGAGCCGAGCGCGAGGCAGCGAAGGAGAAGGAACAGGAGCGACUUGCGAACGUCGCGCCUGAGACGCCGUUCAAACCUGUCCUGCUCAAGGAAGGCGAUGAGGAGGUGCGAUACGUCGUCGAGGCGGUCGUGCGGAAGGCGAGCCGGGGCGACGGCCGGCGAGGGCGGCGACGAAGCAGUCACGACGAGGAGUUCGCGAUGGGUGUCCUCAGUCUGGACGGCGACGACGAGCCGAGCGACGUCCUCGCCAGCCCCGACUUGGACGACAGCGCAGACGACAGCGAGACGGUUGGCGAGGGCGACGAAGGCUGGAGCUACCUGGACUUUGACCUCGCCCAGCUAAGCUCGAGCAUCAAGUCUUCGGCCGCCGCCUCUCCUCGCACUUAG